UUCCGGAUCGGCGUCUGUCACCGCGGGUGGCUAGCCGAAGUGGCUCUGAGCGAGCCAGGUUGCGGUGCUGAGGCCUGCGCGCGGCCGGAGAUGCUGGGGGGCUGCUCUGGGGCCCGGAAGGACAAAGCCGAGGGCGACCGGGCGGGAGGUGUAGCCUCGCCGCCAGCCAUCGACUUCCCGGCCGAGGGCUCGGAACCAAAGUAUGAUGAAUCUGAUGUUCCAGCAGAACUCCAGGUGUUAAAAGAACCCCUUCAACAGCCAACUUUCCCUUUUGCAGUUGCAAACCAGCUAUUGCUGGUUUCUUUGCUGGAACACUUGAGCCAUGUGCAUGAACCAAACCUACUUCGUUCAAAACAGGUGUUUAAAUUACUUUGUCAGACCUUUAUCAAAAUGGGGCUGCUGUCUUCUUUCACCUGCAGUGAUGAAUUUAGCUCAUUGAGACUACAUCACAACAGAGCUAUUACUCAUUUAAUGAGGUCCGCCAAAGAGAGAGUUCGCCAGGAUCCUUGUGAAGAUAAUUCAUAUAUGCAGAAAAUCAGAUCCAGGGAAAUAGCCUUUGAAGCACAAACUUCACGUUACUUGAAUGAAUUUGAAGAAAUUGCCAUCUUAGGAAAAGGUGGAUAUGGAAGAGUAUACAAGGUCAGGAAUAAAUUAGAUGGUCAGCAUUAUGCAAUUAAGAAAAUCCUGAUUAAGGGUGCAACCAAGACCGAUUGCAUGAAGGUACUUCGGGAAGUAAAGGUGCUGGCAGGUCUUCAACACCCUAAUAUUGUAGGCUAUCACACUGCAUGGAUAGAACAUGUUCAUGUGGUUCAGCCCCAAGGUAAGGCAGGCAGAGUUCCUAUUCAGUUGCCCUCUCUUGAAGUGCUCUCUGAUGAGGAAGACAGAGAUCAAUAUGGUGGUGUUAAUGAAAGCAGCUCAUCAAUUAUCUUCGCUGAGUUUACCUCAGAAAAAGAAAAACCCUUUGGAGAAAAUGACGGUGAAAAUCAGAAUAACAAAUUGGUGAACUACACCACAGAUUUAGUUAUAAGGGACAGCAGUGAACUUGAAUCGUCCAUUAAUCUCCAAGAAAAUGGUUUGGUUGAUUUGUCUGACAGAUCAAUUGUUAAACAUCAACUGCCAGUAAGGCAUAAUUCAGACCUGGAAGGGAAUUUCUCAUUCAGUGAAGAGUCUUCUGAAGAAAACUUUAACUUAUUGGGGCAGACAGAGGUGCGGUACCACCUGAUGCUGCAUAUCCAGAUGCAGCUGUGUGAACUCUCCCUAUGGGACUGGAUAGCCGAGAGGAACAAGCGGGGCCAAGAGUGUGUGGAUGAAGCUGCCUGUCCAUAUGUUAUGGCCAGUGUUGCAACAAAAAUUUUUCAAGAAUUGGUGGAAGGUGUAUUUUACAUACAUAACAUGGGUAUUGUGCACAGAGAUCUGAAGCCUAGAAAUAUUUUUCUUCAUGGUCCUGAUCAGCAAGUAAAAAUAGGAGACUUUGGCCUGGCCUGCACAGACAUCAUACAGAAGAAUGCAGAUUGGACCAAUAAAAAUGGGAAGGAAACACCAACACACACUUCCAGAGUGGGUACUUGUCUGUAUGCCUCACCUGAGCAGUUGGAAGGAUCUGAGUAUGAUGCCAAGUCAGAUAUGUACAGCUUGGGUGUAAUCCUGCUUGAGCUCUUUCAGCCAUUUGGAACAGAAAUGGAGCGAGCAGCAGUUUUAACAGGAGUAAGAACUGGUCACAUACCUGAAUCCCUCAGUAAAAGGUGUCCAGUUCAAGCCAAGUAUAUCCAGCACUUAACUAGGAGGAAUGCAUCUCAGAGACCAUCUGCUCUUCAGCUGCUGCAGAGUGAACUUUUCCAAACUUCUGGAAAUGUUAAUCUCACCCUACAGAAGAAGAUAAUAGAGCAAGAAAAAGAAAUUGAAGAACUAAAGAAACAGCUAAGCCUCCUUUCUCAGGACAGAGGGGUUAAGGAUGAUGUGUAGACCUGAGACCACCUGAGCGCCCCUGUCCCCCUGCCUGGCCCCAUGUCUCUUUCAAAGCACAGCAGGCACUCGCCAGGCCUGGGAAGACGGGAAAAAAUACAAAAGAUGGCAUAUAGAAUGGGAGCUUACCUGUCUAGCCUUAUUUAGGCUACAUCAGUAAUAUGAAAGUGGACUUAUCUCUUAGAACAAGCAACUGGAAUGUAAAUUUUCAAUCUUUAGUAGAAUAUAGAUGGUAUGAUUCUUAAUUGUAUUUAGUAAGCCUGUAGAAGACUUAUUAAAGAUGUAAAAGUACCCCCAGCUGCCUUUUCCUUAAGUAGCUCUUUCAUGACCUAAGAUUGCACUAAAUUAACUUUUAUUUUUCUUUCUUUUUAUCUUGUGGUGCUAGGGAUUGAACCCAGGGCCUCCUGCAUGCCGGUCAAAGGCUCUACUACUGAGCCAGAUCCCUAGCCCCUCUAUCUUAAACCUGUUAUGUUCUUUCCCUCUCUUCUGCAAGCUUGUAUUCCUGAAUUUCCUACUUAAAUAUUUCUGUCCGGUUUCUGAAAUUGAAAAUUUAAGCAUCACUUUCAAUAAUUCCUCUUUGAAUUAUGCUUGUUGACCAUCCAGUCCUCCAGAAGGUUCUACUGUAGAAAUCCAAGGGUGCUUCCCUUUCUAAUCCCCACGUGGAGGCCUACAUGCCAGCUGGGUUGUCAUGGUCCAACAGCUGCCAGUCUCCUCAGUCCUUUCCUGCUGCUGCUGAAGCCAGUUCCUAGAAAGACACCUGAUUGUAUCACUCCUUGGUUCAAAACCACCUGCUGGCUCUGGCUGUCUCUAAGGUGGAAUUUCAGUUUUUCAGCACCAUCUCCAACUUUUCUCUGUUCUUGCACCUUCAACUCACCAUCAUUCUCUAUAGAAAGUGACCUCAGAGCAGCAGAGACACCAUCUUUCUUCUGCCCAGCUCUGCUCCCGGAAGCCCUUCCAUAUAAUAUGGCCUUCAACUCCCCCAACAGCCUACAUUCCUGAGGCGGCGGUCUGAUGUGCCUCCCACAGUUUGCAGUCCUCAUGGUGUUCUGUACACAGUUUUAAUGAAUUUUAAAUAAAAUGGAACCCAUAAGUUACAUGAUGCUUUUAUUGAUAUUUGACAACUGUCCUAAAUAAAAGACUUUGAUU